AUGAAGGGACGAGGCUUCUUCCGAAGGCUGACAAGUUAUGCUCGCUUGCUGGUAUAUGCCAAUCCCUCGAAAUUGGAUUAUGCUCUGCUGGUGGUAGGGACCAUUGCCUCCAUUGCAGCUGGCGUCCCUUUCCCGGUCCUAGGCAUUCUUUUUGGCGAGCUCAUCGACGACAUUAACUCAGCGACAUGCGCGGUCGAUCCAUCGGGCAGUCCAUCGUACCAGAAUGCUGUCAACGACAAGGUACUGACAGUGACCUAUAUCGGUCUCGGCCAGUUGUGUUUCAUAUACACAUACAUACUUUGCUGGAACUUGUCCGGCGAGCGACUGGCCCAGCGGUUGCGCGAGACAUACUUCCUGAGCCUGCUACGACAGGAGCCAUCAUUCUUCGACGACCUGCCGUCUGGGGAAGUUUCGUCGAGGUUGAACAAUGAGAUAACCACAAUCCAGGAUGGCACUUCGCAGAAGGUCGGCAUUGUGCUGCAAGCAUUGAGCUUCUUCGUUACUGCGUACGUGAUUGCUUUCAUCAAGGAUGCGAAACUGGGCGGAAUGCUCGUGUCGCUGGUGCCUGCCUUCAUGGCCAUGACACUGAUUGGCAGUUACUAUAUUGGCAAGUACUCAGGCGCUGCUUCCAAAUUCGUGGCGGCUUCGGCGAGCAUUGCGUCAGAGGCACUCUCCAACAUCCUCGUGGUACAUGCAUUUAAUGCAAAUACGAAGCUCGAAGCACGCUUCUCACAGAAGCUGAUCGGCGCGAAAGAGUCUGGUGUCAAGAAAGCUGUAGCGACAAGCAUACAGUCCGGAGUACUGUACUUCGUGGCGUACGCCGCAAAUGCGUUGGCAUUCUGGCAGGGUUCAAGGACGAUAGCUGCUGCAGUCGCAAACGGAAAUUCUGGAGCAACAGUAGGAACCACUUACACAGUCAUCUUCAUCCUCAUCGAUGCCACGCUUGUGCUGAGCAGUGUUGCUCCAUUCAUCCAAGUCUUCGGUGCGGCUCAGGCUGGGUUCUCGAAGCUGGAGGAACAUAUCGACCACAAAUCGAAGAUUGACGGGACAUCUGAUACAAUUGGAGUCAAGCUUGAGCGGGUGCACGGCGAUGUCGAGCUUCGGAACGUGUCCUUCACAUACCCAUCGCGACCUGACACGCAGGUUCUGAAGGAUGUGUCGUUGAUAUGCCCCGCAGGCAAGCAGACAGCCAUCAUCGGGCUCUCUGGUAGCGGAAAGUCCACCAUUGCAGCGCUUGUGACCCGCCUGUACGAUCCAGAGCGUGGUGCGGUAUACCUCGACGGGCAUGAUCUCACGCAGCUAAACGUCAAAUCCUUGCGCAGCCAUUUCAGUCUGGUGCAGCAAGAGCCAUCACUCCUCGAUCGGUCGAUACUUGAGAACAUCGCACACGGCCUGAUCAAUUCUCACAAACAUGCCCAUCUUCAUGCUACUCUUGUUGGACCCGCCUUGGCAGAUUUCGCGGCUGACUUGCGGCGUGGCAUGAGCAUGGAAGAGACUGCCAGACUGAGAGGCAAAGAAGUCGUCGAAAUCGUUGAUUUGGUGGUCGAUGCAGCAAAACUAGCUGACGCUGAUGGCUUUAUCAGACGAUUGCAAGCUGGGUACGGGACCACGACGGGCUCAAAGGGCCUCCUCAUCAGUGGUGGCCAAAAGCAACGCAUUUCGAUUGCGCGUGCCCUUGUCAAGGACCCAGCAGUACUUGUACUCGACGAAGCCACGGCAUCUCUUGACUCAGUGAGCGAGCUGAGAAUCCAAGCUGAUCUCGAGAAGGUCGCGGUCGGGAGAACCGUGAUAGUUAUCGCACAUAGAUUGUCCACGAUCCAGAACUCUGACAACAUCAUCGUAAUGAGGAAUGGUGGAGUCGUCGAACAGGGCUCUCACACAGUCUUGCUUGAGCAAGACGGCGCCUAUGCAGACUUGCUGAGACUGCAGAACCUCAGCAAAGAAGAUAUGAAAUCCUUGCACUCGUCUCGAUCGACGCUCACCCUCAACGAGGACAGUAGUGGGAAAGUGAAAGAGGUUGUCACGAAGAAGAAUAGUGCACCUAGUGAGGAUAACGAGUCUGACCCUCCUGCAGUCGAAGACAGAGUAAACUCCGACGAUGUAUCUGGCGGCCUCGGCAAGAGCCGGUCACUAUGGUCGAUCAUCAAAGCCCUAGCUCCGCUGUUCCGUCGGUACGUUAUCGUUCUUAUUUUGGCCUUCACGGCGGCUUUAGUGGUUGGCAGCACUUACUCGGCAUCGGCUCUGAUCUUCGGUAACACGGUCGGCGCACUCAGUCCCUGUGAAGAAGCUAGCAGCAUACGAUCAGCCGGCCGUUUCUUCGGCCUCAUGUUCUUCGUCUUGGCCUUGGUUGAGUUCUUUGCCAACAUUGUGAGCUGGUCGGGCUUUGGCUGGAUAGCUGAGAGAGUGCUUUUCAAGGUCAGAGUGCUCAUGUUCCGAACUCUGCUUGAGCAGGACCUGCAAUGGCAUCAGAGCGAGGGACGAAGUCCGCUCAUUCUGCUCAACUUCAUUACGAGAGAUGGUGGAUCCUUAGGAGGUUUGACAGGAUCCAUCAUUGGCACCAUCCUUUCAAUCCUCGUCAAUCUGGUUAUAGCUAUCAUUUUGACGCAUGUCGUUGCUUGGAAGAUAGCAAUUGUCUGCCUGGCUGGUGUACCGAUUAUUCUCGGCUUUGGGUAUAUGCAAUUGGUGGUGCUUGCUAGAUUCGAGGCUAAGCAUCAGGAAGCAUUUGCGAGGUCUGUGGGCAUCACUGUCGAAGCAGUCGAGCAGAUCAAGACUGUCGCCAUACAUGGACUUGAGGAGGAGACCGUGGGGAGUUAUCGAAGGUCGUUGCAGGGACCGAUUCGUGAGACCACCCGUCGCACUGCGUACGCAACCAUGUGGUUGGCACUUGCCAUUGGCUUCCCCACAUUCAUCUAUGCGCUUGCAUACUGGUGGGGGACGACGAGAAUCAUCGCCGGAGACUACGACCAAGUCCAGUUCUUCAUCGUCGUUCUGGCCUUGCUCAUGAGCGCCCAGCUUUGGGGUCAGAUGUUCGCACUCGCCCCAGAUGUCUCGAGAGCGAAAGCUGCAGUGAGCAGGAUCCUGAAUCUCCUUGACCUGGGAUCAGAGAAGAAACUAUCCGGUCGCCUGGAGGACUUUCAGAUAGAAGAUAAGGACGAGGUCGAUCCUGAGAAGGUUGUCAACAUCGCAGAGAAGGUCCCUCCAGCGUCAGGAGGUGUCAGUGUGGGCAUCAACUCUGUCGAGUUCGCUUACCCAGCCAGGCCAGAAGUACAAGUCUUGCACGGAAUGAGCAUUGAUGUGAAGUCAGGCCAAUUCUGCGCUUUGGUAGGCCCAAGUGGUGCAGGGAAAUCAACCAUUAUCGCUCUUCUUGAACGGAUGUACCAUCCCAGCUCAGGCAGCGUACACAUCGAUGGGGUAGACAUUGCCACAAGGGAAGGAUCAAGUUUUCGCGACCAGGUGGCCCUUGUCCCGCAAGACAGCGUUUUGUUCGAGGGUACAGUCCGGUUCAACGUAGCUCUUGGCGUUCGCCCCGGAGAGGAAGCCUCGGAUCGGGAUAUCGAAGAGGCUUGCAAGCUUGCCAAUAUCCACGACACCAUUAUGAACAUGCCGGACGGCUACAACACAGACGUUGGCCCCGGCGGCAGUCAGCUGUCCGGUGGACAGAAACAGAGACUGGCAAUUGCGCGCGCAUUAAUUCGGAAACCUCGAUUGUUGCUCCUGGACGAGUCGACAAGCGCGCUGGAUGCGGAGUCUGAGCAGCUUUUGCAGGCUGGGCUGGAGCGAGCCGCGAGAAACAUCACGGUGAUUGCCAUCGCUCAUCGUCUGCACACCAUUCGCAAAGCAGAUGUGAUUUUCUUAAUCGAGAGCGGCAGAUGCGUGGACAGGGGCACUCAUGACGAGCUCCUGCUACGAAGUGAAAGCUAUCGUGUGAACGCGAUGCAUCAAGCGGUAGACGCAUAG